GUUGCCAUGGUACGGCGUCAGCAGCUACUCUGAAGCAAACGCCUAGACGUGGACGGAAAGAAAUGCUAUACCACUGACGAGAAGGACUACUUUAAAAUUGCUGCUUUUUUUGUUGUUGUUGUUAUUGAUGAUAAAAGGACAGCCGUGACAGUUUAUUUUCAAAACAGGUGUAUAACCCAUAGCCAUUUUUUAAUAUCUAACGGCAGCUAAGUUAGCUAAAGUUCAAGCUAGCUUGCUAGGAGCUCUUUAGCUUACAAUAUCCGAUCGAAUCAAAACAAAACGCGGAUUCAGGAUGUCUUAAAGUGACAUCAUGGAAUCUGAAAAAGUAACUGACCCGUAUGAAGACAGCCGGGAUUUAAGCCGCCAGUCCCACCAUAGCACAAAGAAAGAUUCUCGGACUUCAUCUGUCCAGAAACACAAAAAAAACAUUUGGGACAAGAUCCAAAGUGAGGAUGGAAAAGGCGACUCUGGUGGUAGAUCCGUAACCAGAACUUGGCAUUCGGAUCCGGAUCGGGACCAGAUAUCAGAAGGAGAGGGAAGGAAAAGUGGUGGGUCAUUUUAUUCUGAGGAUUAUGAGAAUGAGUCUCCUUCAGAGCGUUCGAUCUCACCAUACUCCCAGUCCCGGACUCCUUCUCCCACCCCACGUAGAGGGGUGCGAGCAAAGAAAAUCUCUGGCAGCCCUCUCUACAAGACGGGUGGUGUGGGGCGCCGUGGUGUGUCACACCCACAGCGACCAGGUGGCCAACCCCUGGCCCAGCAAUAUCGCAGGGGAGUGCGUUCUCAAAGCAAGGAGUCCACGCCACCUAAAGACCUGGACCUGGUGACCAAGCGGAUGCUUUCAGCCCGCCUUCUAAAAAUCAAUGAAUUGCGCAAUGCUCUUGCUGAGCUACAGCAGCGCACUGAUGAACUGCAGAAAGAAAAUCGAAUUCUCAGACAGCUUCAGGUACGCCAAGAGAAAGCCCUGCAGCGUUAUGAUGACACAGAAAGCGAGAUCUCCCAGCUACUGUCCCGGCACUCCAACGAGAUCCACGUGCUGCGCGAACGUCUCAGGCGCACCCAAGAACGGGAACGGACAGCUGAGCGACAGCUGAAGGACACACAGGAGCGGUUGCAAAGGAGUCAGUCUACCAUUUCACGGCUGAAGAAGCUGGUCGACCAGCAGGAUUUAGGAGCUAGAGAGGAGCUAAGCUGCAGGCUAGAGGAAGAGAAGUCACGGGCCCAAGAAGCAGAACGCAAGCUUAAGGAGGUGGAGCGUAGCAUGGAGCUGAGCAGUAGCAGUUUUCAGAGGCAGCUGGUCGCAGAGAAGAAGAAGACGCUCAGUGCCCAGGAAGAGAUCAGGACUCUCCACGAGGAGCUUGAACGACUGACCAAUAAACUCAAGGAGAAGGAGAGAGAACUCGAUGCUAAGAACAUUUAUGCCAACCGCAUGGUGAAACCCUCACAAAAAAAAGAUGCUGAAAGUGGCGCAAAGCAAAAAGUUCCCAGCAGGAGCAGCACCAAGGCAGUACAGACUGAUGACAGGAUGCCAAGUCUGGAUUUCCCCACGCCUCCCCCUGCUAUCACAGAUGCCAAUGAGUACAGCGAGCAGCCACCUGAUGAAUACUUAUCACUUAAGGAGCUUACCAGAGCAGAGGUAGAAGACAGGACUCAAAACUGGGAACCAAAGGGGCGAGAAAGAGACCAGGAGAAGGAGGUGGUGAAGGAAGAGAAAGAGGUGAAACAGCAACUGGAUCAAGAACUGAGUGUGCUUGAAGAAAAAGCAAAGAUAUUAAGAGAUGGCUCAGAGAAAGAAAAGGAUGAAGAACACCAAAAAAGGAUGAGUUCCCUGUUAAACCGGAAUGGGGACGAUAACUACAAGAAGCAUGGUCAUGUCCAGGGAGAGGUGGAGAGAUGGAAUCAGGAAGCCCUGGCCAAUCAACAAGCAGCAGAGGAAGCACGACGCAAAAAAGAGCAGCUGCUAGCGAAGAUGCAGGAAAUAGACAAUCAGAACCAGAGAGCCCAGGAUUUCUUGUUUGCAUCAAGUCCUUCUGAGUCCAAUAAGGGUAUCAGAGAACGCUCAUCUCCACGCCCUCCUGAGCAAAUUUUCAGCCUCACUGAACCAGAAGAACCAGAUGGUUUGCGUGGAGGGAGCAGAGAAGGUGGAAGGAAGAGACCGGGGAUAGAGGGUGUAGCGGUUACAGCAGGAAUAGGGAGAAGAGCGCUUCGGUCUCAAAUCUCCAGCGACGACUUGGCAUUUGGAGGCUAUGCACCUUCAUUUGUACAUUCAACUUCCCGAGGCUCCUCUGGCUUUCCGCCACCUCCACCCAAAGACGACAGGGAAUCUGCGUUAGAAGGAAUAGGGGUGUUUAAUAUCAGAGGGGUGGACACAGAGAAAGACAAGGACACACAAAAAGCUCAGAGAAAGGACAAAAAGUCAAGCCUCAUGCAGCAGCUAUUUGGUGGCCAUGAUGGUGUGAGUACCUCCAAUAAACCGGAGCUCCUUAAUAGUCCUCCGACAACCAAUGGAGUGCGUUCAAGAAGAGAGGGACUGCUCAGCUUUAACUCAGGGUCUUCUACUCCUCCAGCAGCCUCCUUUAACACUCUGCAUGUUGCAGAGAGCAGACCUGCCGUCCGUGCCGUCACCUCUUUUGAAGAUGACAUCGAGGAACUCGCGCUAUGAAGUGAAUUUAGAUUAAAAGUGCUCUGGGUCAUGGCAGGCCAUCAAAUUGGGUAGUUACAGCACAAUGAAGUUAUUUCUGAAAUAGAAGAAGAUUAACAACCAGCCAUUAAAAGUACAAGAUAAUCAAAACAACCAAACAUUAAAGAGAAGAAACUUUCAGGAAAUGUUUAUGUUUCAUCCAUCAGUCUAUUUUCUUUACCCUAAGAUGGACAAAUGGUUAAUGUUUGAUCACAAGGAACAUCUGACUCUCUAGACAGUGGUUUUCAUUUAUUGCACUUAUGAAAUUUGAAGAGUAGUGUUUUUGGCAGAGUAUGACUCACCCUCCUAUUCCAGUUUCGUACUUUAGUGCUUUGCCAGGUUUUGUAUCAUUUUGAUUUUCUGCCUUUGUCACAUAGUUUGUGAUCAUACAUUUUCUGAGAAUCUGAAUUUAAAACCACAGUAGGCAGAAAUAUGAAAAAGAGAGGAAGGAAAAAACAGAGUUUGAAACUUGA